AUGAGCGAUAGAACAUUGAGGUAUGGUGUUAUAUUUGAAGUUAUUUUCAAAUCAGAAGUGUUCAUGGAUUAUGAUAUUCAAAAGAUAACAGAAAAAAAAAUAAGAUUUUGCUUAAGAUAUGUUCUUUAUGGUCAUAAGUUUACCAAAUCUGAAAAGCAAUAUAUAAAUGAUUUUGCAAAUAAUUUUAUAGACAGGAGAAAUAUCAAAGAAGGUAGCAACAAAAGAAGAAAAUGUAAAAUUUGUAAAAAUAUGGUAGUUGCUACAUCAUAUUGUGAAUCUUGUAUGAGAAAUUGUUUGGUAAAAAAAUUUGAUAAUUGGACAUCAGGAAAUGAAGAAAUUGAUCAAUUAAUUCAAAUUUUUCAAAAAAAAGCAUUCAAUCCACGUGAUAUUAUUGAAUGGGUGCCAUAUGAAGAUUUUAUUGAUAUCAAAUAUAAAGCUGAAGGGGGGAAUGCAAAAAUAUAUACUGCAACUUGGAAAUAUGGUCCUUACAAUCGAUGGAAUUCUAAUGAGUUGAAGUUAGAAAGGAGAGGAGAUCAACAAGUUGCUCUUAAGGAAAUUAGAAAGACAAAUGAAAGAUGGUUAGAUGAG